AUGUUGCCUUCAUCAUGUACUUCAAGAAAAUUGGAUCCAACAUUGUGUUUUUUCCCACAAAAUUUACAACAAUAUAUCAAGACACCACUUUUCAUAAUCAAUUCUGCUUAUGAUUCAUACCAGAAAAGUGUCAUUUCUUUUAGGAACAGACUAAGAAGAAAAUAUAAUCACUUAAAUAGGAAUAAGUGGAAGCGUAUAAGUGUAUCAUCAAGAUGGCAUCAGUGGUUAUUCCUAGUGAUUUGUUCAUUGAUACAAGUAAAAGCUGAGGUUUUGCAACCAACAGUUGAGAAAACGCUGGUUAAAGACGCCGUCUCAAAAGGAGCUGUUUGUUUAGACGGAAGUCCAGCAGCAUAUCAUUAUGACAAAGGGUUUGGAGAUGGAGUCAAUAAUUGGGUAGUUUUUCUUGAGGGGGGAGGAUGGUGUGGAAGUGUGGAAGAUUGUGGACUCCGUUUUGGCAACUCCACGGGCUCCUCUAACCAUAUGGAUAACACCCGUGUUUUUAGCGGCUUGCUAGAUUACAACAAGACCAAUAAUCCAGACUUCUACAAUUGGCACAGAAUUAUGAUCAAAUAUUGCGAUGGAUCUUCAUUCACAGGAGACGUUGAAUCAGUCGAUAAAGCUACCAAUCAACAUUAUAGAGGUGCAAGGAUUUUUCAAACAAUUAUGGAGGAGCUACUAGCAAAAGGAAUGAAGAAUGCAAAAAAUGCUAUUCUUUCAGGCAAUUCAGCUGGUGGAUUGGCUUCUAUGAUCCAUUGUGAUCGUUUUCGAUCUCUGUUACCUAGCACGCCUAGAGUGAAAUGCCUCUCGGAUGGUGGCUAUUUUUUACUUGACAAUGGUGGCAAGAGAGGGAAAGUAUUGGAAUCAACCUUUGCUGCAGUGGUUAACUUACAUAAUUCAGCAAAAAUGUUGCCUUCAUCAUGUACUUCAAGAAAAUUGGAUCCAACAUUGUGUUUUUUCCCACAAAAUUUACAACAAUAUAUCAAGACACCACUUUUCAUAAUCAAUUCUGCUUAUGAUUCAUACCAGUUUCUUUCUUUUAGCAAUGAUGGCAAGAGAGGGAAAGUAUUGGAAUCAACCUUUGCUGCAGUGGUUAACUUGCAUGUACUCUUCCUCAAUCUUUCUCUUUAG